CCUCCAUAUCCACCGUUUCCUCCACGAUGACAUCUGUGACCAUGAACAACGUUGAAAGAGAAGAUCAAAGCGAUGAAGACGAAAAGAGAAUAGAAGUUCAUGGCUUGAAAAGUCAAGAUGAUUCUGAAUUUACAGUAGAAUCUCUGAGAUUUUAUAGAAAGUUUUCGAUGUAUUAAUGUUGGUUCCGAUGAACAUUUUAUGAGCAACUCGUGGUUCAAAAUGUUCGCGUAUUCCUGUUUCAAUGUUCCUAGUACCGAAAACUGUUUCGGUGAACAACAUGGUAUUUUAUCGAAACUUUUAAUGCAAAAAUGCACACCUGCCUUGAGUUUUCUUUCCGAUUCGAUGUUAUAUUUGAUCGUUCAAUUUUUUGAAUAUGAGGCGAAUUUUUUGGCUCACCUGACUUUUUAAAUUUUCAAUGCAUCGGUUGCCAUACGAAACGUCUUUAAUUAAAUCCCAGAAGACCCCUUUCAUAUGACCGAGAUGGCUCAUUAUGUUGUUUUUUGUUCUCAAUGACAUUCCGGGUCUCUUAUAAACCAUCAGUUGUCGCUGGCUACGUAGCAUUUAUGAUACAAAACUCAUCGAUGAGCAUCCCAGAUGUUCACAAAUAUUUCUUGAUCAAAGAACUUUGAUCAGAGAACUUUGAGAAGAUGGCGCAAAAAGUACAUGUAAGCUUGAUUUUUCAGAGAACUUUGAGAAUCAGAGAACUUUGAGAAGAUGGCGCAAAAAGUACAUCCCCGGAGAAUCUUCAAAGUUAACAAAUUUAAAGAAAUUUGAGCAGCAAGAAUCGGUAGCUGUAGCCCAAUGUAAUGAGAUUAUCAGUCGUCUAGAGUCCAUUGUCAGCAUACUACCUGGACUACCAAUCGCAACAUUUUUAAAUCAACCAGCAUUCGUCGUUUGCUGUAACCUCAUCCAACUG